AAUUUGAUUCUCUCCGGAACAAGCGGAGAGCGAGAAUGCCACACUAAGUUCACGACAGUUAACUCGAUCACAGCCAGUUGAUCUCAGUUCGUUCGGUGAUUUGGUAACUCCUCAAUUUUGUUUAAGUAAUCUUAAAAUUUAACUAUCAACAAUGGAAGUUAAAUCGUUCCGAACAAUCGGAUUUGUGUACCUUGUACUUUGUUGGAUAUUUUCCACCUUGGGAGUUAUCUACUCUUUCCUUCACAUUGUUGUGGGCAAGCCAUAUUGUGUCAAUAUUUUGUGUUAUGAGGACAAAAUAAGCUCCGGGAUCGUAACGCUAUGCAUGGUUGGAUUUGUUCUGUCAACUGUGUUUCUUGCAUUUGUUAAGAGCGCAAUUGAAGAGGCAAACGCAUCCUUCAUCAGCAUCUAUCGACCGAUUGUUCAACUCCGCAAUGUGCCUCUGAUAGCGUUGUGGUGCUAUCAGUAUGUCAUCCUAGAGUUGGAAAGGGCUCACGGAAACACAUCGUCGAAAAUACGGAAUGCAGAAUAUCUCGCCUUGGCACUAUUAGUCGGAACGACAGUCAUCACCGGUUUGGAGCUGUGGGUUCUCAACGGCAUCCAGAGAUUAUCGAAGCAGAAGCUGGUGGAAGAUGUGGAAGAUUGCAAGGAAGCGUCUUGAAGUAUGUUACAUGUUGAGAAAAAGGUCGAAGAGUGAUACAGUUGGUUUGGAUAAUAUUACUUUGAUAUGUUCAAAAAAUGGAAAUUGAGGAGGUGAGAAGCAAAGGGGUGUAAGUGAAAAAAAUACACUUUUGAAAAAUUUUGAGUUUAAAGCUCUUUCAGCAAAUUUAAUUCCACAAAAAAUGUUUAUGAACCAAAAAACAGGCAAAUCAUUUAUUUUUUUUUUCGAUGGACGGAAAAUCACUUGAAAAAACAAUGAAAAGUAUGGAAACAGCACAAUUUUUCAGUAAACUCAACUGAAAAUCGACCUAAAUUUCUCUUUUACCCCUUUGCGUUAGGAUCCCUCAAUUAUCAUUCCAUUGCAUUCAAAUGUAAGGAGACGUGUAAUAUUCUUUACAGCUUAGUUUUCUUUGUCAUGGGGAGUUUCUAAAACAUUAAUGACCUUAAAUUCUGAUGCUUUUUGUCUGCUUAUGAACGCACUUAAUUGCAAUUAGGCCAAAAAAAACCCCUUCACAUAAUAAGGGAAACAAAUAAUUGCCGAAAUUAGUGCAAGUUUCAAUAUCUCACAAUUAUUCAAGCAGUAAGUAAAACUUACUGUUUGUAAAUAUAAACAU